CAGUUACUUUACACGGUGUGAACUUUAUCACCAGAGCGCAUGAACCGCACCAGCCACACUGAGCUCAUCCUCUCAGACAGACAGAGACAUGCAGUGGUGACCCACGCUCGGCUGGGUUAGACACUGUUAUUUGUUAAAAGCUUUGAGGGAAAAAGAACAGAAAGACAAGAGAGAGCCAGCAGACGCGGUAGUGUUUUUUUCCUCCACAAUGACGGCCAAAACUUUGGAGAAAGUGCCGGUGAAUCUCGGGGGGUUUGUGCAUCCCGUACCUGAGAGCGUUUACUCGGUGGAUGACAUCGCCACCAGCUUGCCGACCUCUGUGGCUAUCUUCCCCAACUCCGAUUUAGGAGCGCAUUACGACCAGAUUAAUGUGGCAGCAGAUGGCUUGAUGGGCGCAGACAUGAGUGCAGAGAAGCGGUCUCUGGACCUCUCCUAUUCCAGCGGCUUCUCUCAGCCAGCACCCCACCGCAACCAGACCUUCACUUACAUGGGAAAGUUCUCCAUCGACUCCCAGUAUCCAGGUAACUGGAACCCCGAGGGAGUGAUCAACAUCGUCUCGGGCAUCUUCAACGUGGCCCAACCACCGCCUCCUCCUCCUCCUCCCUCUUCUUCAGCGUCCUCCUCCCCGGUUUCCUCAGGAUCUCCCAAUCACUUCUCCAACGGAAAUUUGAGUUGCACCAUGGCGGCUCAGAACCAGGCAGAGAUAGACCACCACCACCACCUGUACUCCCCUCCGCCUCCUUACUCCUCAUCUGGCUGCGGGGAGGUGUACCAGGACCCCUCGGCGUUUUUGUCCACCUCUACCUGCCCCAUCGCCUCUUACCCGCCCCCAUCCUACUCUUCACCGAAGCAGCCUGGCAGCUCAGAAGCGCCGGGGCUCUUUCCCAUCAUCCCCGACUACUCGGGCUUCUUCCAGCCGGCUUGCCAGCGGGACAUGCACACGGCCGGUAUCCAAGAUCGGAAACCAUUCGUUCCAUGUCCGCUCGAUACAUUCCGUGUCCCUCCACCCCUGACCCCGCUGAACACUAUCAGGAACUUUACGCUUGGGGGUCCCGGUGGUGGCGGCUCCGAGGGAGGGCCGCCAAGGCUCCCCUCUGCCUAUAGCCCACAGAACCUGCCCCUGAGGCCAAUUCUGCGGCCCAGAAAGUACCCGAACAGACCCAGCAAGACGCCAAUCCACGAGCGGCCCUACCCCUGUCCGGCGGAGGGUUGCGACAGGCGGUUCUCCCGCUCUGACGAACUGACCAGACACAUCAGGAUCCACACUGGACACAAGCCGUUCCAGUGCCGGAUCUGCAUGCGCAACUUCAGUCGCAGUGACCACCUCACUACGCACAUUCGCACACACACUGGAGAAAAGCCGUUCGCGUGCGACUUCUGCGGCCGCAAGUUUGCCCGGAGCGACGAGAGGAAGAGACACACUAAAAUCCACCUGAGGCAGAAAGAAAGGAAGUCCUCCACUAUUUCCUCCUCGUCGUCCUCUUCGUCCAGCAGCACCGGGCUGGAGCGGCCGUCAGGCGGAAUCAGUGCAACCAACGGGAUUUGUUCAUAGUUUCUCCUGGAAAACGUUGUCACCAUGGCAGCGUGACCCACACUAACCCCUUAAAAGAAAAUAACUUUUAAAUAAUGAUUCUGAAACUGUUGUGAACUAAAGAUAGCCUAAAUACCAGGAUGAGGAGGAACUUGUGUGCAGUCGUGCGCAAUUACGCACAUCCAACUAUUCCUGCUCCAGGACUGACCGAGAGACUGACACGAAUGCACUUUGCCUGCACAGUCUACUGAACAUAAGAGUAAAUAUGGCCAAUAAUUCAUAAGAAUAUACAGGGGCGGUUGUAAUAUAAAGGGGAUUUUUUUAAUGUCGCCAGCACAUGUUGGGCGCACAACAGGCUACGCGUUUAAAUGUGAAAUAACUGCAAUAAUGUUUUGAAGAAAGAAAACUGUUUUAAGUUAUUGAAUUGACAAAAUGUUCAUUCUAACAUGUUUGUUGAUGACUAUAUUCCCCUUUAGUGCCUUGCUGUGUGUCUUUUUGAACACUGAUUGAUUCAAGGACGCUUCUAAUGCAAUGUAUAUUUGUCCUUUAAUAUGUAAAGUUUGAAGACAUUCUAUUUUUGUACACAUUUCGUCUUGUGUAACUUCAAGUUGUGGUUCCCGUGUAAAACAAUGUUGGAGUAUAAAUGUGUUGAACUCAUAUCGACUUGACAUUUUUGUUGUGAUGUGUUUUUUGAGACUUAUUAAAUGUAUGGGGAUGAUAAACACA